AUGGAGUCCAGAGAAAUUUUAAGUAGCUCUCGGCAAAGAGGGAGCGAAACAGAAUUCCUUCCAGGCUCCUCAUCCAAGUCACCAGCCGCUCCUGGCUGUUCAGGAGAGCCUUUGAAAGGCAUCCCUGUGGGUGGAGAACGCAUGGAGCCAGAGGAGGAGGAUGAAUUGGGCUCAGGACGCGAUGUGGAUUGCAACUCUAAUGCAGACAGUGAGAAAUGGGUGGCUGGAGAUGGCCUGGAAGAGCAGGAGUUCUCCAUCAAAGAGGCCAACUUCACCGAGGGGAGUUUGAAGCUGAAGAUUCAGACCACAAAGCGGGCUAAGAAACCCCCCAAAAACCUGGAGAACUAUAUAUGCCCCCCUGAGAUCAAGAUCACAAUAAAGCAGUCUGGGGACCAGAAGGUGUCUCGUGCUGGGAAAAAUAGCAAAGCUACAAAGGAAGAAGAAAGAAACCACUCCAAAAAGAAGCUCCUCACAGCCAGUGACCUUGCAGCCAGUGACCUCAAAGGAUUUCAAACACAGGCUUACGAGAGGCCCCAGAAACACUCCGCACUUCAUUAUGACUCAGGCCUCUCACAGGGCUUCACCAGUGACACCUUAAAACCAAAGCACCAGCAAAAAAGCAGCAGCCAGAACCACAUGGACUGGUCCACCAGCCCUGACAGUGGACCUGCCACUCAGAAUUGCUUCAUCAGUCCAGAGUCUGGCAGAGACACUGCAAGCACCAGCAAGAUCCCAGCUCUUGAACCCGUGGCUUCCUUUGCAAAGGCCCAGAGUAAGAAAGGCAAUACAGGGAGUACCUGGAGUCAGUUGUCCAGCGGUGGCAAAGAUCUUCUCUUGGGAAGUGUGGUAUCAUCUCCCAGCAACCACAGCUCCCCAGCGCCCACUAACAACUCUGCUGAGUGCAAUGGACUCCAGCCAUUGGGGGAUCAAGAUGGAGGAGGGUCAAAAGAGAUCCCAGAACCACCCACGGUAGGUAGCAAGAAGAAGUCCAGUAAAAAAGAUGUGAUCAGUCAAACCAUACCAAACUCAGAUUUGGAUUGGGUCAAAAGUGCCCAGAAAGCCUUUGGAAACACAGAAGGGAAAGGGGAAGGAUACUCUGCAGAUAAUGCUCAAGAGGCAUCUCCCAGCAGGCAGAGUAUCAGUUCCAUAAGUAAUCCUGAAAAUGAUUCCAGUCAUGUCCGGAUUACUAUCCCCAUAAAGACACCUUCUCUGGAUCCAACCAACCAUAAGAGGAAAAAGAGGCAGUCCAUUAAAGCCGUGGUGGAAAAAAUCAUCCCAGAGAAAGCACUGGCUUCAAGGAUUUCUAUGAGCAGUGAAGUCGUUAGCAGGAUACUUUCCAACUCAGAGGGAAACAAGAAAGAGCCUCGCGUCCCAAAGUUAGGAAAGAUGAUAGAGAGUGAGUCCCCCUCAGCUGGCCUUGAAACAUGUGGGAAUGCAGAGAAAACUGUCCCUGGAGGUGUGUCUAAGCAGAGGAAAACACCAAUGGUCAUGACGUCACCAACACGCACGGAGCACUCUCCGUCAGGAAAGCUGCCUGAAAUCCAGCACCCCAAGUUUGCUGCAAAGAGGAGGUGUAGCAAAGCAAAACCUCCAGCUAUGCUCCGAGAGCCUGGCACCAAGAAAAGAAAGAGGCGGCGCAAUCUCGCUAAGUUGGCCCAGUUAGUGCCAGGGGAGGACAAACCUAUGAGUGAGAUGAAGUUUCACAAAAAGGUUGGAAAGCUUGGUGUGUUGGAUAAGAAGACCAUCAAAACGAUCAAUAAGAUGAAGACCCUCAAGAGAAAAAAUAUUUUAAAUCAGAUCUUGUCCUGUUCCAGCAGUGUGGCCCUAAAGGCCAAAGCUCCCCCAGAGACCAGUCCUGGGGCAGCUUCAAUUGAAAGCAAAUUGGGCAAGCAGAUCAAUGUCAGCAAGAGAGGAACCAUCUACAUCGGCAAGAAGAGGGGCAGGAAGCCAAGAACAGAGCUGCCUCCCCCAUCCGAAGAACCCAAAACAGCCAUCAAGCACUCCAGGCCUGUUUCUAGCCAGCCGGAUGUUCCAGCCGUGCCUUCCAACUUUCAGUCACUUGUGGCUUCUUCACCAGCAGCUAUGCACCCCCUUUCAACACAGUUAGGUGGGUCCAAUGGCAACCUGAGCCCCGCCAGCACUGAAACCAAUUUUUCAGAAUUGAAAACUAUGCCAAACCUCCAGCCCAUCAGUGCUCUUCCAACCAAAACCCAGAAGGGAAUACACAGUGGAACCUGGAAGCUGUCUCCACCCAGGCUGAUGGCCAAUUCUCCUUCACACCUUUGUGAGAUUAGCUCACUGAAGGAGAUAACCUUGUCCCCUGUGAGUGAGUCCCACAGUGAGGAGACCAUCCCGAGCGACAGUGGCAUCGGGACAGACAACAACAGCACCUCUGACCAAGCAGAGAAGAGUUCAGAGUCCCGACGGAGGUACUCUUUUGACUUCUGUGCCCUGGACAACCCGGAGGCCAUUCCAUCUGACACCAGCACAAAGAACCGGCACGGCCACCGGCAGAAGCAUCUCAUAGUGGACACGUUCCUGGCCCAUGAAAGCCUCAAGAAGCCAAAGCACAAGAGGAAAAGAAAAAGCCUGCAGAACCGUGAUGAUCUCCAGUUUCUGGCUGAGCUGGAGGAGCUCAUCACCAAAUUUCAAGUGUUCAGGAUCUCCCACCGGGGCUAUACUUUUUACCACGAGAAUCCGUACCCCAGCAUCUUUAGGAUCAACUUUGAUCACUAUUACCCGGUGCCAUAUAUCCAGUAUGACCCAUUGCUCUAUCUUCGUAGAACUUCAGAUUUGAAGUCAAAGAAGAAGCGUGGUAGGCCUGCAAAAACCAAUGACACCAUGACAAAGGUGCCUUUUUUACAGGGGUUCAGCUACCCUAUUCCCAGUGGAAGUUACUAUGCACCCUAUGGAAUGCCUUACACAUCAAUGCCUAUGAUGAACCUUGGUUACUACGGUCAGUAUCCAGCUCCUCUGUACCUAUCGCACACACUUGGAGCAGCAUCCCCAUUCAUGAGGCCAACAGUGCCACCACCUCAGUUCCACACAGGUUCCCAUGUGAAGAUGUCUGUGGCAACUAAACAUAAAGCCAAGCAUGGAGUACACUUGCAGGGAACUGUAGGCAUGGGCCUUGGUGACAUACAGCCAUCCCUGAACCCUCCCAAGGUGGGCGGGGCCACUCUAUCCAGCAGUAGGCUCCACAAGAGGAAACACAAACACAAGCAUAAGCACAAGGAAGACCGAAUCCUAGGGACCCACGACAAUCUGAGUGGUCUCUUCGCAGGCAAAGCAGCAGGCUUCUCCAGCCACCUCCUGAGUGAGCGGCUGAGCAGUGCAGACAAAGAGCUCCCGUUGGUGAGUGAGAAGACCAAGCAUAAGGAGAGACAGAAGCAUCAGCAUGGUGACACUGGCCACAAGGUUUCAAAGAACAACUUUGAGGUGGACACCCUGUCUACACUGUCACUUUCUGAUACCCAGCACUGGACACAGGCUAAGGACAAAGGUGACUUGAGCAGUGAGCCUGUAGACUCGUGUGCUAAAAGGUACUCUGGUGGGGACAGCAGCAGCACAAGAUCAGAGAGUCUGGAUGUGUUCAGUGACAUGAAUCCUUCCAGUGACAAGUGGGACAGUGACGUGAGUGGGAGUAAGAGGAGGAGCUUUGAAGGCUUUGGGACAUACAGGGAAAAGGACAUCCAAGCCUUCAAGAUGAACCGCAAGGAGAGAAGUUCUUAUGAGUCCUCCAUGUCUCCAGGGAUGCCAAGUCCCCACUUAAAAGUGGACCAGACAGCAGCACAUAGUAGAAACGAGGGCUCAGUAUCCACCAUGAUGGCCAGGAAGAAGCCAACUGCAGUGGAAAGUAUUGCAAUUCCUUCAGCCCCGGUAUUAUCUCUCCUUGCUGCAUCUGCAGCAACGUCAGAUGCAG